CUUAUCGAUUCGAUUCUGGGCUCUCCUGCCUGCGGUUGCCACGACUACCAUCACGAGCAUGAGGACGCCGAGAUGGGUGGAAAAGCCGCCGGGCGGAAGCCGUCCUAUCCGCGGAGGUCUGGGCUUACGCCGUCUUCAUGGCACCUGCGGUUGCCACGACUACCAUCACGAGCAUGAGGACGCCGAGGUGGGUGGAAAAGCCGCCGGGCGGAAGCCGUCCUAUCCGCGGAGGUCUGGGCUUACGCCGUCUUCAUGGCACCUGCGGUUGCCACGACUACCAUCACGAGCAUGAGGACGACCGUCAGGAACACCUUCCUCGAGCUGCUGGCCGACGGCGACGCCGAGGACGGCGCUGUCAGCGUGCCGCUGCGGCGGACCAGCUCCAGCCCCUGCCUGCUGACCUACGGCGCAGGGGCCCGCCAGGACCGCCCAGACGCCCAGCCGCUCCGAGUUGUCCUCUCGCCGCCGAUGUGCGCCCCGGAGGUCUGGACCACUUCCCCAGAGCCGGUUUUUUGUCCUGAGUCGGUUUUUGACGGGUCCCGAGGCCCGGCGAGGGCCCCCAGAGUCCGAAAGCGGCCACAAACCCGCCGCUCCAAAUUUUGCUGGAGCGCCGGAUCUCUGGAUAGAUCUCCGAUGACGUCUCCUGCCCGGACCUGGGGCCAGACGUGGAGAGCUACGACUCCGAGGACGACGACGUCUGCUGCCUCUGGGGGCCCGCCGGGCGCGCGCCGCCGGCGCUGCCGGGCCCCAGCGACCUCCUGCAUGUCCAGCCGUGGCCCUGCGCGCCCGCCAAGGAGGGGCCCGACUGCUGCUCCAAGCGGCUCCCCGGCCUCAGCGACCUCCUCCAGCUCCAGACCAACAGCAAGCCCACCACGGCAGCCGGCCACUCGGCAGAGUGACACGUCACCGGAGUGAUCUCUGGGGCGCGGCUUUCGGGGUGUCUAAGGGGGGGGGGCGUCUGAACCCAAGUACGCAGGCCGGCCGCUGCUGCCGCAUCGCGCGCAGCGAUCGGCAAGCAGCGCGCCACAGGUCACUCUCACUCCGGCGACGCGCGCGCCGAGAAGUCCUGCAGCCUAAGCUCCGUGUGGCGGGCGUUCUCUGGCCACACCGCUCGGGAAACGUUAGAUUGCAAGACGUCUGUACUGGAUGUUCAGGUCGGACGCGCGCCCCCGAGGCGGACACACACACACUAUUCCCUUCUGUCCUCACGCGCCCCGUUGCGAACAACGAGCCCGAGGCAGCCACGGAGCCCGCCCACACGCCGUUCGGCAGGCUGCUGGCGCUGCGGGGCCUCCGCUCCCCCGCCGCCGCCGCGGCGCCCGCCACCCGCACGCGCCUCAGCACCCGCGCGGCGGCCUUCGUGCCCGGCGCGCGGGUGCUAGUAAAUAGUAGUCGUAGUAGUCGUAGUAGUAGUAGUAGUAGUAGUA